CUUCAUUCUUUUUUGAGGCACAAGUUUGUUGCUGAUGCAGAACAGCGUCGUGCAACAACCCCUCUGACAGGCAGGACUGUGGACACAGUCUAUAUGGACCCAGAUGACGCCAUGGUACAGAAGGGGAAGAGGUUCACUGCACAGAGUAAAGGAGAGGUAAUAGAGACGGCUCUGAAUAUGGACAUUGCAAAGAAACAUUAUGAGAGGAAAUGCCAGCGGGUUGCACUCACCAAAUGGUCAAACUGUGUAAAAUUACACAAGAAGACACAGGCCGCUGCUGUGGAGAAACUUGAGCGAGUUGUAAACGCUGGCCGCCUUCACCGCAUAAUAGCUGCAUGGCGUAAUGUUGCAAAGGACUCAAAAAGGGCAAAGGAGUACUUUAAGAGGUUGGAAAUGGGGUUUGUAGAAAUCGGCAACAAAGUCCACCAGGUUGGGGAAGGAUGUGACGGACUCUCCGUGCUCCCUACUAGCCUCUCGAUGACGAUCUUCCAAUAUUUAGAGUUGCGAGACUUGCUCAAUUGUGCUGAGGUAUGUUGCACGUGGAAAGCUAUCGUCCAAUCGGGCGCACUGUGGAGUCAGAUCAACUUCUCUGUGGAGAAAGACUGGAUAACAGACAGCACAAUGAAGCAGAUUCUGCAGAACUACCGCCCAUUUGUCAUCCAUCUCAAUCUGCGAGGCUGCGUGUCUCUAAAAUGGCCCAGCUUGAAAUGUAUAAGUGAAUGCAGAAAUCUUCAGGACCUCAAUUUGUCAGAGUGUUUUAAUGUUACCGAUACGAUGGUUCAGAGAAUUGUCGAGGGCUGUCCAUGUUUGCUCUACUUGAACCUUUCUUGCACACUUAUAACAAACAAAACUCUAAGAGAACUGUCCAGGAAUUGUCUCAACCUUCAAUACCUGAGUCUGGCGUACUGUAACAGAUUCACAGAUGAAGGGUUUAUGUACCUGACCACUGGGAAUGGCUGCCGCAAUCUCGUCCACCUCAACUUGUCCGGGUGCACUCAGAUGACUGUAAAUGGGUUCAGAUACAUUUCUGCCGGAUGCCCUUCACUCAGGGAGAUUGUGAUCAAUGACAUGCCCACGCUUUCAGAUAGCUGUGUCUUGGCGCUAAUUGCCAGAUGUCACUGUCUGUCUGCCAUUUCUCUGCUGGAUGCUCCUCAUCUUUCCGACGUUACCUUAAAAGCCAUCGCUGAAGUCGCUAAACUGAAGACUUUUAGGACAGAGGGUAACAACCAACUAACAGACGCAGGCUGGAAGGCCCUGUGCAGCAGCUCACACGGCCUCCGCAGACUCCACGCUGCAGAAUGCUGCAGAAUGACUGAUGCCAGCCUCAAAUCUGUGGCCAACCUCAAGAACCUGCACAACCUGGACAUCUCACUUUGUAACAAGGUGGGUGAUACUGGGAUCCGGUAUCUGACAGAAGGUUCCUCAUCCACCAAACUGAGAGAGCUGAAUGUCAGUUACUGCAGUCUCAUCACAGACACAUCUGUAAUGAGGAUUUCACAAAGGUUGUGUAAACUGUACCAUCUCGACUUGAGUUAUUGUGAGAGACUGACUGAUAUGAGUCUGGAGUGGGUGAGUGGCAGCUCUAUCUGCUCUCUUGACAUGAGCGGUUGCAAAAUCCAGGAUCAGGGCCUGGCGUCUCUUGAGGGAAUUCGCUUGAAGAAGUUAGUUCUUGCCGAAUGUGUCUCCGUCACAGAUGUUGGCAUGGAGAAGCUGUGUAAGACUGUGAGAGAUCUGGAGUAUGUUGAUGUGUCUCACUGUGUAGCUCUGUCAGACUCAGCCAUCAGAGCGGUUUCAUUUUACUGCAGAGGUCUAGUCACGCUGCGGAUGUCGGGGUGUCCCAAGAUGACAGAUAUGGCAGUGCAUUAUCUGACAAGUGGAUCUCAGUACCUGCGAGAACUUGAUGUGAGUGGCUGUGUUCUCCUCACAGAUCGCAGUCCCCGACACAUAAGGAGGGUCUGUCCUCCACUCUGCUCCAUCGCGAUGGUCUGCUGCAGCAGCAUCUCCAGGGUGGCCGCUUUAAAGCUUCAGCCACAUGUGAAGCACUGGGAGCACAGCAACGACAACCCUCCAUACUGGCUUGGAUACAACACGGGCCCAAUAGUGUCUGCAGUCAGAAGACCCAUCAAGACCGAGGAAGUGGCGGAACAGCAGUCAGUGAAGACAAGAGCAGCAAGUACAAAGAGGACAUAAAACAGAUCUCAAUAAGUAAUAAUAUUGUAAAAAUACAGCCCAUCUUAUCACAGUGACCAUCAUUUUUGGGAGAUUAUUUCAAAAUAAUCAAAGAGCCUUUUCAACAAACCAUUUUGCAUGAUACCCACAGAGAUGAAUGGUUAAAAAAAAUCCCAAAUCACUGGUUAGUAAUCAGAUCAAGUCUCACCUGUGUGGAUAGCACCGUCAACCCCUUUAAGGACACAUUGUAUUGUAUCAGCUCCUAACAAUGCAAUGUCCCGUGCUCUUCUGUUUUGAGUUUGAUGCAGUAUAGAUCACUUUAUGCUUCUACAUAAAUUGGUACACAUUGUCUUUGACCCUGCUAGGCUCCAGUGGUUUAAUAACUCCAUGUUAGAUAACCGGUGCAUAAACAUUUGUGAUUAUUGAAUUAUAUACAUACAUUAAGGUAG